AUGUUAUUAUUUGGUUUAGGAAUAGGAGUUAUUUUGAUAUUAACUUUAUGGUUAUUUAUAUUAUUACUAUCAAUAAUAUUUUAUAAACGUGGAUUAAAAACUAUACUUCCUUUUUUGCUUCUAGGAAUAUUUUUAACAACUAUUAUAUUAAUUUGGCCAAAAGAAAAAUGCAAAAAAGAAGAAGAAAAUAAAUUUAUAAAACAAGAAAGUUACGAAAAACCGACAUACUAUCCAAUUUUUUUUAGUUUGCCAUUAUUAAUAAUAACAACAAUAACUAUCUUAUUUCUAUCAAUAAAACAACUUCAAAUAACAUUUUUAAAACCAUUUGAUAAUAAAACAUUUUCAACAAAAAUGUUGCUAAAAAUUACUGAUAAUUAA